GAACAAUCUUAAGCUUAAGUUUACAUAUUUCUUUAGUUUCUCUUUUUUUAGAAGCUAAACAAACCAUAACUCUUUAAUUACCCUUUUCUUUCUUGCUUCCAUUCUUUUGAUCUCUAAGGAUGGAUCAAAUGUGGACGGUAACUUUAGUGUUAGGGUUAUUGCCUGUAGUGGGGUGGCUGAUAUGGUGGUGGAAUGAAAUAUGGUAUGUGUGGCCUAUUGAGGCAAAACUACGACGACGCUCCAAAACAGAAGACACUACGGUUGCACUACCACCAGGUUACUUAGGUCUCCCGAUUCUUGGUGAAACCAUUCCUUUUCAAUGGUUUUUCAACAUCGUCCGUCGUCCGGAUGAUUUUAUCAAGUCUAAAAUAGAAAAGUACGGAGAAAAUGUGGGAGUAUAUCGAACCCAUUUAUAUGGGGCUCCAAGCAUCAUUGUGUGUGCUUCUUCUCUAUGCAAACAUAUUCUCAACUCUGGCGAAAAUUUCAAGGCAGAAUGGCCCACCAAUAAAGUAGUAGGACGUAAUUCAGUAAUAUCAAUUGAAGGAGAACGUCAUGAUAUAAUCAAGAAUCUUGUUGUCAACUGUUUCUCUCGUCCAGAUGCACUUGCAUGGGUUAUGCACAAAGUUCAACCUUGUAUUGUUUCAGCUCUCGAAUCAUGGUCUCAAAAGCCUAAUAUCAAAACCUUUUAUGAACUUAAGAAGGCAACACUUGAUUGCACUCUAAGAUAUGUUGUUGGAUUUGAAUAUAACUCUCAUCAAAUAGAAGAUCUUGCAAAGGCAUAUGAAGGUUUGAAUUUGGGCUUCAGAGCUACCCCGUUACAUAUCCCCGGAACAACUUACUAUCAUGCUCUCCAAUGUCGAAAGAAGAUAGUUAAGAUCUUUAAGGAUGAGAUGGAGAGAAGAAAGACAAGUGGAAAAAAAGAAAAUGAAGAAAAAGAAAGUGCUGGUGAUCUAAUGGACGCAUUAAUGAAAACCAAGGACAUUGAGGGAAAACAUUUGAAAGAUGAAGAAGUUUUAGAUAACGUCGUAAACUCUAUCCUUCUUGGUCAUAUUUCCAGUGCUUAUUCUGUAACAUGGUGCCACUAUUUCUUAGCCAAGUCUCCCACUGUUCUUCAAAAAGUCCGAGAAGAGAAUAGAGCUCUUUUAAAAGAAAAGAAUGGUGAGAAGCUUACAAAUGGAGAUAUUCAAAAGUUAAAAUACACAAACAAGGUCGUGGAAGAAGUUCUUAGAAUGGCAAAUCUUUCCGGCUUUCUUUUCAGAAGAGUCAUGGAAGAUGCUGAAUUUAAAGGUUAUUUAAUUCCAAAAGGUUGGCGAGUAAUGGUGUGGCUAAGGCAGCUUCAUAAUGAUCCAACAAAUUUUGAUGAUCCCACAUGUUUCAAUCCAGAUAGAUGGGAUACACGUCCAAAACACGGUACAUACCUUCCAUUUGGAGGAGGUUUGAGAUUUUGUCCAGGAAGCAUGAUCAUUCGUCUUAUUAUGGCCCUUUUCAUCCAUCACUUAGCCAUUGGAUAUGAGUGGGAAAUGCUGAAUCCUAAUGUUCCAAUCUCUUAUUUGUCGCAUCCUUUGCCUGCGGAUGGCCUCGAGAUUUCUAUGAAGAAACUUUAAGCUCGAUCACAAAUCAACAUACUAUCAAUAAUGAGCCAAUUUUUGAAGAAAGAAUAAUUGAUAUUCUAUGUAUAUCGCAGCAAUAUCUAUGGAUAUUAUUCCUGGCAUCCUACAGCAAAUUCAAAUGCUUUAUGAUCAGCGUGCUUCACAUGCUGUUUUAUUUUUUUAUUUAAUAAAUAAUGGACAACUAUUUUAAUAAUAUUGCAGUAAUUAGAUCUAGGUUUUGUAAUCAAUAUUUCGACAAAAUAUAUAUAUAAAUAAAUUUAUUACAAAUUUCUACUACUCUAAUGAAUCAUUUUUUUAGUUUGUAAUUUU